UGCAAAUCACACAGCACACAGCAACCUGAAUGAAAACAGAGUGAAAACCCCCUCUGUGUCCACUGAACGAUGAACAAGAACCAUCUCAAUACGAAUGAGGAGCUUCGUCAUGAUGAAUAUCUCACCAGUCUCAAUGGGAAAAACCAAGCCAUCUUCCAGGGGGACAGCAACUUUGUCAUCUAUAUUGAUUCUACCCCCAAAUGGCAAACAAACACGUCUGGCCACAUGGGAAUGCGACUCCUUCUGCAGUCAGAUGGAAACCUGGUGAUAUACACGCAGGAUAAGAGGGUAGUUUGGUCCACUGACUCCUACGGCCCCACAGAGUCACAGUGUGUUCGACUGACUCUGACUGACAAAGGCCACCUGGUACUGGACAGAGAUGGGAUGCAAAUCUGGACCUCUGCCAAUUCUACUGGGCUAUUAUCUUAAGGGCCAUGAAACUCAGGCAACACCCUGUGCAUAAUAGCAGGUUUUACUGAGAAAUAUGACCAUUUACUGCCUUGUUGCACUAUAGCAACCCCUAUAAGCGGCUUCUAAAAACCCAUCUUUUCAGGCAAGCCUUUUUAUAGAUUCCCACCUGUGACUUCUGUUUUGUUUCAUUUUUAGCUUGGUCUGUUACUCCCGAUGCCAUGUUUUUAUAUUCAUUCAAUUUAUUUUAUGUAUUUGUUUGUAUUUUGUGUGUGGAAUGUAAGGCACUUUGUAACUGUGCUUUUAAAAGUGCUAUAAAUGCUAUAGAAAUACAACUUUGCUUGCUUGCUUCCUAUAGGCCCCUUUCCUAUGGUAGCGAUAAAGACAGAUAAAGAUAGAUAUCUUUAUCUCUGUCCAGUUUCUAAGCCCCAUCAUUGCUGGAGAUAUUACUGUCCUGCUGAACUGCUUCAGUAAAUUCACCAUACAUAAUCUCUAUGAAAAGUAUGUCUAUCUAUUGAACUUAAUAGCAGCACUAUAACAGGCCUCAGUAAUACUUCAUGUAAGGAUGUUCCAGCAUGUUCACUUUGUCAGCUGCUCUGUAUGUCAAUCACCAUGGAAAAACCAACGCCUUGCUUUAUGGCAUAUUUUGAAAAUAAAGAGGC